AUGCCUCCAAACAAUCAGGCUGCCUGGAUCCCCGCCAAAAAGACACGACCGUUCAAAGUUGGCGAUGCGCCCUACACGCCCCCAGGCCCCGGCCAGGUAGUGAUCAAGAACACCGCCGUGGCUAUCAACCCAUUCGACUGGGUGCUGCAGUUCAUUGGGCCGGCGAUCGCCGGCUACGUCAAAUACCCCUUCAUCUUUGGCACCGAUGUCGCCGGCGAGGUGGUCGAGGUCGCUCCCGACGUGGAUCGGUUCCGGGUAGGCGACCGAGUCUUCGGAAGUGCCACGGCCAUAGCCAAGGAAGUCAACCGCCCCGCCGAGGGAGGGUUCCAACUGUACACAGUGAUGCGACAGCAUAUGCUGGCGCCGACUCCAACCCACAUCACCGACGAACAGGCCUGCGUCUUGGGACUGGGUCUCGGGACAGCAGCAUGGGGUCUCUUCCACCCGGAUUACCUGGGCCUCGACAUGCCUCGGGUCCCGGCGCCCACGGACGUGGUGGGCAAGUCGGGCCUGCCGCGCACUGUUAUUAUCACUGGCGGCGCGUCAAGCGUGGGGAGCAACGCCGUGCAGCUAGCUGUGUCUGCUGGCUAUGGAGUCAUAUCUACCUCGUCCCCAAGGAACUUCGACUACGUGAAGAGUCUCGGUGCAAACCAUGUAUUCGAUUACAGGAGCAGAACACUGGUCAAGGACAUCCUGGCUGCUCUCCAGGGCUGUGAGCUGGUUGGUGCCUGCGCCAUUGGCCGUGGGGCCGUCGAGGCAUGCACCGCCGUGAUGAAGCAUCAUGAUGUCCGCCUCACGCGGAAGCGCAUCGCGUUGGCUGGCGCCAUAAUACCUCCUGAUAAGCUCACCACUUUUGUUGGCAAGGGCACAUACUUGAUGGGCAUGGUGGGCGGGAUGGUCAAGUCGACUGCGAGGCGCGCUCGGACCGGGGUCGAAGCCAAAUUUAUCCUCCUCGAUGGCCUGGUCGAUCCAAAUAGCGUCGUGGCUCGCAUUUAUACGGAGUUCCUGCCGCAGGCGCUUGAGCAGCGCCAGUUUGUGCCAGCACCUCCACCGCAUGUCGUAGGCAAGGGACUGAACAAGAUUCAAGAUGCUCUGGAUCUCCAGAGGAAGGGGGUCUCGGCGAAGAAGCUUGUCGUGACGUUGUAG